UUAUCUGUGUUCGUUGUUCGUUUUUCGGUGUUCGUUGUGGAUUUUAAUAUUAUUGUGUUAUUUUCUACGUUUUGGCUUGUUUACGGACUUUUAGUUUUUCUACGUACUACGUAGGACAUCACCUGGCUUGUUACUUGAACCCCGGACGGCAUGAUUGAUAACUUGGCUCUAUUACACGGAUUACAAUUUUUGCAAUUUUUAUUAAGUGUUUUAAAAUGCCGAAAUCAGCUGAAUUAAAAUGUUAUUUCAAAUGUAACAUCGAUGGACCUUUACAUCGCUUUCCCAAAUGGGAAUAUCCUCAUACUGAGAAAUUUAACCAAUGGAAAUCUGUACUUGACAACACAAUUCAAGAAAGAGGAAACAAUUAUAUUUAUAAUUCCAUUCGUAUAUGCCACAAACAUUUUGAGGAGCACUUCAAAUCAUCAAGCAGACGAUUGACGAGGAAUGCUGUCCCUACAUUGAACUUAAUGGCACACCCCAGCAGUCCUCAAAAAGCAGAAUGUGUAAGUGAUGUAUCAGCAAUGGGAUCUCCGACACUGGUUGAACCAUUUUCCCCAUCUAGCCCUUACGACCAGGAGUUUGCACCGACCGAUCCUCUCCUUCUAUACCAGCAAGGAAUCCAACUGGACACAAAUCAGGACUUUAGUUCUCCUCCACCAGCUGCAAAUGAUCAAGACAACUCGAAGUUGUGUCGCAUUUGCGGCAAAGACAAUAUUGCCCUAAUACAUUUGUUUAGUGAAGAAGCAUCACACAAUAACUUAGUACAAAAAAUAAACAAAUACCUGCCCAUUGUGGUGGACCUCCAUGACAAAUUACCUCUGGGUGUUUGCCAGUCAUGUGCAACUGCAGUGUUGAAUUGGCACAGUCUGGUGCAGUGCUGCAUAAAGACAGACAAGUUGCUGGCUUCGAAGCUUCAACAUAGUAAAGAAUCUAUCUGCAAACCAAACGGUGAAAAUUUUACUGAAAAUGAUAAUGUAAAGACGAGGUUAUCAACUGAUUAUUUAAUUUUAAUAUUGAAAGAAGUUUUAAAUGAUUACUUCAAGAUUCUGAAUGUCGACGAAGACAAUUCGGAUUUAAUGUAUGUUUGUCAAAUGUGCCCCGAGAACCCGGCAUUGACAUCUGCAGAAUGUUUGUAUGAUCAUUUGAUAGCCUCUCAUAAUAAAGAGCUUUGUGACAAGUCAGCUAUCGAGACAUUUGUAAAAGAAAACAUUACAUUCGAAGAAGUCCUGAAUAACGAUGAAGUGUCAGAUGCGGAGUCAGAGAAACAUAUUGUAGAUAUACCUAAUUAUUAUUGCCCGUAUUGCGAGAGUGUGUUUUCAUCACCAACUCGCCUCAUAUGUCAUCUGAACAAACAUGUAAAAGUGAGCAUCGACGACGGGGUCUUGUGUUGCAAUAGUCUAUACUCUGACAAAAAAUCUUUCGUUUUACAUUUGCAAGAGAAACAUGUAAAUAAAACCAUAGAUACGGAGUUAAUCUGCAAAACAUGUGGGUCUGUCGAAGAAAACGCUGAGGCAUUGGAGAUACACAUAAACGAAAAUCAUUCAGGUGCCGAACACCAGAAGAAAAAGGUAGAGCCAAAUCCGAAGUGCCAGACGUUCAUUCCCGCCGUGUGCCCCGAGUGUAACAAAACCUUCGCCAAUAAAUACACCAUGCUGAAACAUAUGGAGAGUCACACAAAUGUAACGAACUGCAAAUUUGUGUGCGAUAAGUGUAAUAAGACGUAUAAGAGUCGAAGUAGCCUGAAUCAUCAUCAUAGGGUAUGCCACGAAGGUCGCCUACCAUUCCUAUGCCCCAUGUGUGGCGAGGGCUUUCCGAGACGCAUGGCCAGGGAUAAUCACGUGCGCAUCCACACUGGCUUCAAACCGUUCUCUUGCCAGUAUUGCAACAAGUCGUUUCGAGCACAGAACACACUCGAUUGCCACAUACAAAUGCAUUUAAACAUACGGAAGUACGAGUGUGACCUGUGCCCGAAGAGGUUCAGGAAGAGGAGUCAUCUCAACUGCCAUUUAAAAUCUCACUUCAGGACGCGUAUCGGUGAAGGACCCUGCGUGUGCCACAUCUGCGGCAAACAGUUGCGUACACCAAAAGGUCUGCAGCGACACCUCACGGAGACGCACGAGCGGCAACGGCGCUACAUCUGCGCCGUGUGCACAAAGAACUUCGCCAACUCGCAGAACCUCAAGCAGCACGUCCGCAUCCACACGGGCGAGCGGCCCUACGUGUGCGCGCAGUGCGGCAAACGCUUCACGCAGAGCGGCUCGCUGCACGUGCACCUCAAGACGCACGGGGCGCAGCUGCCGCACGCGUGCGCGGAGUGCGGGGCGCGCUUCCGCCUGCGGAGUGGGCUGGCGCGCCACCGCCUGCGGCACUCGGGCGAGCGGCCGCACGCCUGCUCCGCCUGCGGAAAGGCCUUCCGCCAGCGGCACGAGCUCGCCGCGCACGCGCUCACGCACUCCGACUGCAAGCCGCACGCCUGCGACACGUGCGGGUCCGCCUUCCGCCAGCGCCGCGCGCUGCGGCACCACUGCAGGCGACUGCACGCCGCACAAGCGACGCACGGCGCGCACGCGACACACGGCGCGCACGCGACACGCGACGCGCACGCGACACACGACGCGACAAACGACGCGCACGCGACACACGACACGCACGCGACACACGACGCGCACGCGACACACGACACGCACGCGACACACGACGCGCAUGCGACGCACGACUCGCACGCGGCGCUGGUGUACGACCACGGGGCGCGCUACGAGUGA